AUGGUGAGCAUUCGAAGACGCAAGCUCUUAGCAAUGUGCUCUGGUCGAAAUUCUCUUUUGGCUCAACUUUCUUGGGUUACCCCUCCUCAAAUUUCUGCUGAGAACACGAAACCAAUCACUGUUCAUCCUCUGCCGUUAGAAGACAGUUACAAGCCAAAAGAAGUAAUUGAAACCGCAUUGGGAACUGGGUCUGGUUCUUCAAAUGGUUCUGCUUCAAGUCCGUCAAAAGAUCAUGCCCUCCAUCAAUUUCCUGAAAUCAAGCGAAGAAAGCGACAUCGGAGGAAGCAAGUGGAAAACCAAGAGCCGUGUAUCAUGAGAGGUGUCUAUUUCAAGAAUUUGAAAUGGCAAGCGGCCAUUAAAGUCGAUAAGAAACAGAUCCAUUUGGGUACUGUUGGCUCUCAGGAAGAGGCUGCUCGACUGUAUGACAGGGCGGCUUUCAUGUGUGGAAGGGAGCCCAACUUUGAGCUAUCGGAGGCGGAAAAGCAGGAAUUAAGGAAAUUCAAUUGGGAUGAGUUCUUAGCUAUUACCCGUUCUGCAAUCACUAGCAAGAAGAGCCAGAGACGAAAUGGGAGUUUGCGAAGAAAACAUGAAGACAACGACUGGGUAGGCGAGGAAGUGCGCAAUGGCUUUUCAGCCUCAGAAGACGAUAUGUUAGCACCUUGA